AUGACUUUUACGCUAACCACGAGAAGAAUAGGAAGCGUUUCGUCGUUGAGCGCGUUCACUUGGUGUCCAGCCUGGGUGCCGUUGCGCUGCUGGUGCAGCGGCCGUCGCCUCCACAGCGCACCCCGAACAAGUCGGUUACGCUCACUACCACCAACCAGGGUACCUUUCAGCUUCACCGAUCAACUACGAAACAGGAAAACGGACUGGUUGUCUUUACCAGCUUGGCACGGUAACACAACACGCGGUGGUGCAGGGCACGCGGGCGCUCGCGGUACGCUCUCGGGUGCUUUGCGCAGUCGCUGGUCGUCGUGGCGCAUGAGUCGCGACCUGCACCUGACAAAACACAAUGACAGUGCGUCGGGCAACGAACGGAAACGGCGGGUAUUGUCUGGUGUGCAGCCAACCGGGCGCCUGCACCUGGGAAACUAUCUGGGCGCUAUCCAGCAGUGGGCCCGAUACCAGUACGACUUUGACUGCUGGUUCUGUGUCGUCGAUAUGCACGCGAUUACUGUGCCUCAUGACCCGCGUCAUUUAGCGGACGAAACGCUGAGUACGGCAGCAAUGUACUUGGCGUGUGGUAUCGAUCCCUCGCACUGUCACAUCUUCGUGCAGUCGCAGGUGCCAGCACAUGCGGAACUCGCAUGGAUGCUGAACUGCAUUACCCCGAUGGGUUGGCUUGAAAAGAUGACUCAGUAUAAGGAUAAGAAGCAGCGACUGGGCGAUGACGCACCGGUGUACCUGGGGCUCUUCGCGUAUCCGGUACUGAUGGCGGCGGAUAUUUUAUUGUACCGGGCGGAAUGUGUCCCUGUUGGCGAGGAUCAGCGGCAGCAUCUGGAGCUCGCCCGAGACAUUGCCCGCAGCUUCAAUUACACAUUCUGCCGAAAACGCAAACCGCACAAGUUGCCUAGCGUCUUUCGUGAACCCGAAGCACUCAUCCUACCCGAAGGAGCUGGUGUUUCGCGAGUCAUGUCGCUGACGGACGGCACCAGUAAGAUGAGCAAGAGCGCAGCUUCGGAUGUGUCUCGCAUCAAUUUGCUGGAUGAUGCGGAUACGAUUCGUAACAAAAUUAGGCGUUGUAAGACCGAUGCAGAGCGUGAACUGCGUUUCGACGAUCCCGCCAGACCCGAGUGCAAUAAUCUUCUCCAUAUAUACCGCGCGAUCACCGGGAAUCGACCCAAGGCGGAUAUCGAACGAGAACUUGCCGAAUUGAAUCCCUCUGGUUGGGCUGGCUUCAAAGAGCGCCUCGCAGAGGCACUGGUAUCCUUUCUGAGCCCGAUCCAGCAGCGUUACCACGAAGUACGACAGGACGCUUUGUAUCUGGAGCAGAUCUUGGCGCAAGGCCAGCAAGCGGCCAAUGCAGUCGCCAGCGAAACGCUGCGAGCGGCCAAGGAGGCCAUGGGCUUCGCCUUGCCCUCGGACCAGCACCGCGUAUUCGGGCUUGGUAUAGAGAUCCAGGAACGAGCAACAUCAUCUACGACGAGUGUGGCAAAGCCGUCGGUAUCGUCUGCGAUGGCAAGGGAAGAUCCUGCGGACUGA